UGUCAUAUACAUUUCGUUAACGUUGUUUGUUGUAAGUUUAGUUAAAAAAAAGUCUUCAUAGUACACAAGAUAUUUUAGAGCGUGACGUAUUAAGCUAACAUAAAGGGGUUGUAAAACCAAGUGGUCGCACGGCGAAAUGGAAGAUGAAACUAAUUUCUACCGCCAGUUACCUAAAGUGGAGCUUCAUGCUCACCUCAAUGGCUCAGUGAGCGCUGAGACCAUAGACAAACUCAUCGCUCGCAAACCGCAUCUGAACAUCCAACACAGCAUGACUGCCAUUCGCAGUGGUCAGCGACGGACACUUGAUGAAUGUUUCCAAGUGUUUAAGGUCAUUCACCAAUUGGUUAAUACUGAAGAGGACAUUUUAAUGGUCGCCAAAGAUGUGAUCAAAGAGUUUGCAGAUGACGGAGUGAAGUACCUGGAGUUACGGAGCACUCCUCGUGAGGAGCCCAAAUCAGGGCUGACAAAGAAGGGUUAUGUGGAGACUAUCAUUGGAGCCAUCCAGCAGUGCAAGGAAGAGGGUGUUGACAUCGAAGUCAGGUUCCUUGUGGCCGUUGACCGCCGAAAUGGCCCUGAGGUUGCCAUGGAGACGGUGAAGCUGGCGGAGAACUUCAUGUUGUCGAGCGAUGGCGUGGUUUUGGGGCUGGAUCUCAGCGGCGAUCCUACCGUGGGCCAUGGUCGAGAUCUCCUCCCUGCUUUGCAGAAAGCCAAGAGCUGUGGACUGAAGUUGGCCCUGCAUCUCUCUGAGGUCUCGUCUCAGGCAGAGGAGUCUGAGCUUCUGCUGAAUCUCCCCCCUGACCGCAUCGGCCACGGGACCUUCCUCCACCCUGAGGCUGGGGGGACAGACAGCCUUGUGGAGAAAGUUAGGAAGAAUAAUAUACCUCUGGAGUUGUGCUUGACCUCUAAUGUGAAGGGUCAGACCGUCCCCUCCUAUGAUAAACAUCACUUCCUAUAUUGGUACAAGCUGGGCCAUCCCUGUGUCAUUUGUACGGACGACAAAGGUGUGUUCUGCACUGACCUCUCCCAGGAGUACCAGCUUGCUGCCUCGACCUUUGACCUCAGCAGGGAGGCCAUGUGGGACCUAUCCCACAAGGCCAUAGGCUGCACCUUCGCCCCCCAGUCUGUCAAGCAACGUCUAGAACAGAGAUGGGCUGAGCUAAAGCCUCUGGUUCUACAGACUCCGGUUCCGUAGAUCUCGGUUCUCCUGAGACGGAUCUAUGGAAUCAGAGCGCCUGUCAGGAACCCAACGUGAGCAGCAACGUGCUCCAGAGAUGUAACUGAUGGUCCAGCUAGAGCCACUGUCUUAGACUCAGAUCAGACAGGUCCAACUCCAGCUCUGAAUGUGGACAACUGCAUUCUACAGUAUGCUGUAUAUAGGGAUUAAAUUAUUUUGGGGAUUGAAAUGCACCAUGGGAAGUGCAAAAAAAUGUUUUUAAUUGCCACCAACAUGCUCAGCGUGAGCUGAUCUACCUCCACUGGAAUUCACCUUAGUUUAGAUUUAUAUGGAAGUUGCCUCAAAGUACUGUGUAUUAGUGCUACUUAAUUAUUUUUUGAAUAUUUUUUUGUUUGAUAUUUUUUUUCAUUGUUGGUUGUUUUUAGGAAUUAGCAGUAGAAUGACAGUUACUGUAACACAUGAGCAGAGGGUUUGAAGAACAGACUGAUUUUCCUGUAUAGGUGCAGUUCCUCCUAAUUCCAGCAGGUGGCAACAUUCUUCAGUGCUUCUCUCUCCCCUCUGCUGGGUAGAACUGUGCCUUGGUAGAGUAUAGGCAGAGACUUUCUAAUGAGGAGACACAGCACUCAAAAAAUCCUCCAUAGAAAUGCAUGGGGUGGCCCCAGCCGUGGUGCGGCUGGCUGGGGCACCUGCACUG